CACUCUGAACCCAGAACUGUCUAUUGAGACCUCUGGAGCGGCUGUCACAAGUGCUGCAAGCCCCCUCAAUCAGAGGCACGACAGACCCCCUCGAGAGGCUGUCUCGGGGUCCAUAGACCUGUGACUGUCUAUAGGGACACCUGGAGCCCCUCCUCGUUGGCUGCUUCUUCAGUCUUGAAGACCACCCGGCUCCUUGCAUGGACCCUUAGCCUGUCCUAAUCCUUGAAGGGUGGGAUUAUCUGGGACCUUGGAGACCCUGUCCUCUGCAGUGUGGUGCUGCUCGGGGGGCCCGUCUCGUGUGGGUGUAGUGCGGGGGCGUCGCGGCCCUCACGUUGUGUCGUUGUGUUUGCAGUGUGGGUGUCAUGUGACUCACUGCAGCUGGUGCGUGUGAUCCGCCGGACGCGGUUGCAUCGUGUGUGUGUUGGUUCCUGCGUGCUGUCAGGGAUGUGAGCGCUGCAGCGCGGUGCUGAGUUGUGUGUGUCGUCGAGGACAGUCCAUGUGACACACCCCCCCCCCCCGAGCAGCGCACAUUGUGUUGUCAUCCGACGCACUCAACGUGAAAACAUGGCAACCGACCCUCCAGCCCGGAGCCUGGAUGACAUCGACCUCUCUGCACUGAGGGACCCUGCAGGGAUCUUCGAACUGGUUGAAGUGGUCGGAAAUGGGACAUACGGUCAAGUGUAUAAGGGUCGUCAUGUCAAGACGGGUCAGCUCGCUGCCAUCAAGGUCAUGGAUGUUACUGAGGACGAAGAGGAGGAGAUCAAGCAGGAGAUUAACAUGUUGAAGAAGUAUUCACACCAUCGGAACAUUGCGACCUAUUAUGGAGCCUUCAUCAAGAAGAGCCCACCUGGAAAUGAUGACCAGCUCUGGCUGGUGAUGGAGUUCUGUGGAGCGGGAUCUGUCACCGAUCUGGUGAAAAACACCAAGGGGAACGCUCUGAAGGAAGACUGCAUCGCCUACAUCUGCCGGGAAAUCCUGCGGGGCCUCGCCCACCUUCACGCUCACAAGGUCAUCCACCGAGACAUCAAAGGGCAGAACGUGCUUCUGACGGAGAAUGCCGAGGUGAAGCUGGUUGACUUUGGGGUGAGCGCCCAACUAGACCGCACAGUGGGGAGGAGGAACACCUUCAUCGGGACACCUUACUGGAUGGCGCCAGAGGUCAUCGCCUGUGAUGAAAACCCAGACGCAACAUAUGACUACAGGAGUGACAUUUGGUCUCUGGGUAUCACCGCUAUAGAGAUGGCAGAAGGUGCACCACCGCUGUGCGACAUGCAUCCGAUGAGAGCUUUAUUCCUCAUCCCCAGGAACCCUCCCCCGAAACUGAAAUCCAAGAAAUGGUCCAAAAAAUUCAUUGAGUUCAUUGACACCUGUCUGAUCAAGAACUACACGAACCGUCCACCCACUGAGCAGCUCCUGAAGUAUCCCUUCAUCAGGGACCAGCCCACCGAGAGGCAGGUCAGGAUCCAGCUCAAAGAUCACAUUGACCGCUCCCGCAAGAAGCGAGUGGAGAAAGAUGAGACAGAAUAUGAAUACAGUGGCAGUGAGGAUGAGGAGGAGAACCACGUGGAGGAAGGCGAGCCCAGCUCCAUCAUGAACGUGCCGGGGGAGUCCACGCUCAGACGCGAGUUCCUGAGGCUACAGCAGGAGAACAAAAGUAACUCUGAAGCCCUGAAGCAACAGCAGAUGGGACCCCAGCACCACGACUCCGAGGCGCACAUCAAGCAGCUGCUGCACGAGCGCCAGAGACGCAUAGAGGAGCAGAAGGAGGAACGCAGGCGCGUGGAGGAGCAGCAGCGCCGCGAGCGAGAGCAGAGGAAACUACACGAGAAGGAGCAGCAGCGGAGGCGGGAUGACAUCCGGCGGGAGGAAGAGAGGAGGAUGGCCGAGAGGGAGCAGGAAUAUAUCAGACAGAAGUUAGAGGAAGAACAGAGGCAGUUAGAAAUCCUCCAGCAGCAGCUUCUGCAGGAACAGGCCCUCUUACUGGAGUACAAGCGGAAACAGCUGGAGGAACAGCGCCAGUCAGAGCGGCUGCAGCGGCAGCUCCAGCAGGAGCAUGCCUACCUCAAGUCUCUGCAGCAGCAACAGCAGCAGGAGAAGAAGCCCCUCUACCACUACAACCGGGCCGUCAUGAACCCCAGCGAGAAGCCCGCCUGGGCGCGAGAGGUGGAGGAGCGGUCAAGGCUGAACAAGCAGAACUCUCCACUCUCCGUUACGAAGCUCGGCUCGGUAGAGUCGUCCGGGACCCCCAAUCAAACCCCCCCAUCACAAAGGCCACUAGACCUCCAGGAGCAUAAGCCGCUCCGCACCGUCACGCCACAGGCCCGCGCGGCCCUGAAACCCACCCCUCGGCCCAAUUCCCUACAGGACCCCCCAUCGGGACCCCCCAUGAUGAACCGUCAGCCGGCGGCCGCCAUGAUGCCUCCUGCCUCCCGGAGCCAGCUAGCCCGGCAGAGCUCUGACCCCUCCCCGGAGGUGGCUGCUGCACCCUCCGCUCGGCCAGACAGGGGCCCAUGGGUGAAAAUGGAGCCAGAGACCCCUCCUCCAAAGGUUCCUCAGAGGACAACGUCCAUAGCGACAGCUCUAAACACGAGCGGAUCUGGAGGAGGCAGACCAGUCCAGGCGGUAAGAGCCAGUAAUCCCGACCUGCGGCGCGCAGAGAGUGCCUGGGAAAGAGGCGAUUCCCUGCUGCAGUCUCCUCACCCGAACCUCCCCCAGGCCGGAUCGCUGGAAAGGAACCGUAUAGCCCCUCAUAAACUGGAGGAGUCCUCAAUCAGUCCCCCCGGCAGCAAAACCCCAGGAGAGGAGCAUCGGUCCCGGCCGGGACGUCCCGCUGACCAUUUAUUAGUGAAAGAUCGCCCAGAAGAUGUCCCAAAACCUCCCAAAAAGGCUCUGGACUACUCCUCUUCCAGUGACGAGAUGGACAGCAGUGACGAGGAUGAUGAGGAAGGCGACCAAGAACGGCAGGAACAGAGCAGAGAUAAUUCAUCAGCCAGUCGAAAUGGUCGUGACGCGGACACAGACAGCGUUAGCACCAUGGUGGUACAUGAUGUGGAAGAGCUGGUGGGGAGCACAUCGGACAGCUCCUAUGGAGACGGCACCAUGAUCGUGCAAAGGACGCCGGAAGAGGAACGGAACCUACUGCAUGCAGAUAGCAACGGAUAUACAAACCUACCAGAUGUGGUGCAACCAAGCCAUUCGCCCACUGAGCCCAAGGGGCCGGGCUCCUCCCCUAGCAAGGAGGGAGGUGGCACUGAUUACCAGUCCCGUGGGUUGGUGAAAGCUCCUCCUAAAACCUCAUUCACCAUGUUUGUCGACCUCGGCUUAUAUCAGUCGAGCGGCGGCACAGGCGACACCAUCCCAGUGGCAGCUUCCUUCGUGAGUGGAGAUGCAGCCCGACUGGAGCAGCUAAAAUACGAAGCUCGGAAAGGAUCGGUAGUAAACGUGAACCCGACUAACACCAGGCCGCACAGCGACACCCCAGAGAUCAGAAAGUACAAGAAGAGGUUCAACUCUGAGAUCCUGUGUGCCGCACUGUGGGGGGUGAACCUGUUGGUCGGCACCGAGAAUGGGCUGAUGCUUCUGGACCGCAGUGGUCAAGGGAAGGUCUACAGUCUGAUCACCCGGAGGAGGUUCCAGCAGAUGGACGUCCUAGAAGGACUUAACCUUCUCAUUACCAUCAGCGGUAAGAGGAACAAGCUGCGUGUCUACUAUCUCUCGUGGCUCAGAAACAAGAUCCUUCACAAUGAUCCUGAGGUGGAGAAGAAGCAGGGCUGGAGCACCGUGGGAGACAUGGAGGGAUGCGUCCAUUAUAAAGUUGUCAAAUACGAGCGCAUUAAGUUCCUGGUGAUCGCCUUGAAGAACUCUGUAGAGGUCUACGCCUGGGCUCCCAAACCGUACCACAAAUUUAUGGCUUUCAAGUCCUUCACGGAUCUCCCACACCGACCACAGCUGGUGGACCUCACCGUGGAGGAGGGUCAGAGGUUAAAAGUCAUCUACGGUUCUUCCUCUGGUUUCCAUGCAGUUGACGUGGACUCGGGAAACAACUACGACAUCUACAUUCCUGUCCACAUUCAGAGCCAGAUUAACCCCCACGCCAUCAUUUUCCUGCCAAACACAGACGGGAUGGAGAUGCUGCUUUGCUAUGAGGAUGAGGGGGUCUACGUCAACACGUAUGGGAGAAUUAUUAAAGACGUGGUCUUGCAGUGGGGCGAGAUGCCCACCUCUGUGGCAUACAUCUGCUCCAACCAGAUCAUGGGGUGGGGAGAGAAAGCCAUUGAGAUCCGUUCAGUGGAAACUGGCCAUCUUGACGGGGUGUUCAUGCACAAGAGGGCUCAGCGACUAAAGUUCCUGUGUGAACGUAACGAUAAGGUGUUCUUCGCCUCCGUACGCUCCGGCGGGAGCAGUCAGGUCUACUUCAUGACCCUGAACCGCAGCUGUAUAAUGAACUGGUGAAGGACGAGCAACGACGGGGGAUCGAAAGAGAGUCUGCUCCUGACCCUCCCCCACACACUGGAUACCCCUCCCCGACUAUUUUCCAACACAUUCCCCUUUAAGACCCCUUCCCCUCUCCCAGCACUUAUUACUCCUCCUUGUUUGCUUUUUUCUGCAUUUUAAUUUAUUGGGAGGCUCCACCCCUUGAGUGACAGAAUAUAUAUCAGGGCGGAGAUAGAGCCAGACAUUAGGGUAGGGAUCAUAUGGGUCCCUAUGCCGAAGCUUUUUUUUUCUUCUUUUUUUACGUGUGUUUGGUUUACUGGUGGCACAGGGAUGGCACAAAACUGAGUAGCACACCCCCCUGACGGCAAUAUACGUAAGGGAGUAUUAUAACCCCCCCCCGUCCCCCUUUAUUAUAAUCUCCCCAUAUCCUGACUCGCUUGUCUUGGUCUCAUGGUGAUCAGGUCUAUUUUGUGACUGAACCUUGUUUUAUAACGAGAAUGAUCCAUUAUAUAGAAGAAGCACUUUAUCAGAUCUAAGCGAUUUAAUACAAAGUUAUGACUUCUCAUGCUGUAGUCACAUCCAGAGCUGCAUUCACAAUGCAGCUGCAUGUCCAAUAGCUCUGCUGUGUUGUCCGUACAGAACCUCCUGCACUGUGCAGUGCGUUGUCUGCGGGUGAUGCCUUUGCUCCGAGUCUGGUUCUCCGAUUUUGAAAAUGUUACAUCUCCCAUAAUGCAAUGCAGCAGGGUGCGACACAUUGCAAAAUGUGAGACAUCUACAGAUAAUCCCCCACAGUGCAUUGCUUCGGGUGUGGGAAAUCCACAGUACUCAUCACAGCGCGAGAGCUAAAACUGAGACGGAUCGAAUGCCUGCUGAAGAGUAUCUGCUCUGGAUGUGACCGGAGCAUGCCCAUAUGAGGUCCAACCUCUUGCACCGCCACCACAUGCCGCAACACUAAUUUCCUAUUUUAUGCCCUUGCUAACCUGUGGUGCACCGGGUGCAGUGAAUCAUGGGGUAAUGGAUGUUACUAAUUUGGUCAGGGAAAGUAAGAAUCUAUCCACACUUACCCCCAGGUCCAGUAGAUGGCACUAGAGCAAAAUAUACGGUAAUUGAUGUGUGAUUUACAUGCAGGAUUAAAUGUGUUCUCUGGGGUAUGACUAAAGUUUAUAGAAGAGUGCUGGGCAGGCUUACACUUUACUCUCUAUUCUGUCCCACUCUACUCUGUACUCCACACUCUACAAAGCAUGCUACGCUACAGCACUCUACAUGCACUCUGUUCACUCUGAUCUUCCCUCUAGUCUACUCUCCUCUAUGCUCUGCUCUUCCCUCUCCUCUAUGCUCUGCUCUUCCCUCUCCUUCUACGCUCUGCUCUUCCCUCUCCUUCUACGCUCUGC